GUUGGUGGUCCAUCUGUUCUUUCAUACCCUUUCCUACUUUUUCUCAUUAUAUAUACACAGAUGUAUGCAACCCAGCAUGUCAUAUUAUCUAAUCCAUCCACCUUGAAAACCUUCCCACUCAGAAAUUUCCAAGUCCUUAGUUCCCCCGCGCCCUCAAACACCCAAAAUGCCAAGCCCUCAACUCACUCCCCCUAAAUAUUUGUCACAAGAGGAUGGACUGACCCAAGAAUGCAAAACCCUCCUCUCCUCUCUCCCCAGAGACAAAGGAUGGGUAGCCAAUCAUAUCUUCCAGUACGAAGGCUUCUGGCACACAGCAAGGCAACUCCAAGGAGUUCUUACUUGCCAACAACACUUCCAAGCUAACCCAGAUGAUCUACUCCUCGUCACCCUUCCCAAAUCUGGCACCACUUGGCUUAAGGCCAUCACCUUCGCCAUCAUCAAUCGCAGCCGUUAUUCCUUCUCCGAUCACCCACUUCUCACAGUCAACCCGCAUGAGCUUGUUCCCUUUUUAGAGCUCAAACUUUUCCUUGAAAACCAAAUCCCUGACCUCACCUCCAUGGCCUCUCCAAGACUCUUCUCUACCCAUCUACCAUAUGUGUCCCUCCCUGAAUCUGCUAAGCAACUGGGUUGCAAAAUGGUUUUCCUUUGUAGAGACCCAAGAGAUGUGUUUAUCUCAGCUUGGCAUUUCACAAACAAGCUGAGACCCCAAGCAAUAGGAACCCUUUCACUGGAAGAAGCGUUUGAGAGGUUCUGUAGGGGUGUAAUAAACUAUGGACCAGCCUGGGAUCAGAUAUUGGAAUACUGGAAACAGAGCUUGGAGAGACCUGAAAAGGUUAUUUUUUUGAAGUUUGAAGAGAUGAAGGCUCAGCCAAGUGUUCAGCUGAAAAGGCUAGCUGAGUUCUUUGGGUUUCCAAUUUCAGAGAAAGAGGAGAAAGAAGGGGUAGUAGAGGAGAUAUUGAAGCUUUGCAGUUUCGAUCAUCUGAGCAACUUAGAUGUGAACAAGACUGGGAAGAUGCCUUCUGGGGAAGAACAUAGUGCGUUCUUCAGGAGGGGUGAAGUGGGAGAUUGGGUGAAUCAUUUUACACCCGGGAUGAUAGAGAAGUACGACAAAAUCACAGAGGAGAUGUUCCAUGCAUCUGGUUUACACUUUUAAGUGAGUGUCUCGUGAAGCUUUUCCUUUCAUGAUUCUUGUUUUAGUCUUAUUUGUUGACCACUUUGAACGUCUGUCACACGUGUAAUUGCUGCUUUGGUAUGUUAAAGGGUGAGAUCUACGGGUCUAGAGUCUACACUCUAGCCAGAACGGAUCUAAAACUGUGUUAUUUGGUCUUUUUUUGGACUACCUCUCUGGACUGCUUUAAUUUUCACCAUUUGCGGCUUGUACGGUUCUACUACAACUGCGUUCCUUUGUCCAAAUCAACCAGAGUAGAAAUUAAGGCUUUGAGAGUGUUCAAUCGCCAAGUUUUGUUCAGUUUUAAAUGCAAAUUUAAUUUCAUGGGAA